UCGCCUAUACACUUCCACGAGCUCUUUCACAGUAAUAAAUUAUUGGACUCUGCACUCUCUUCAGCACAAGAGUCCCGUACGGAUAGAGAGAGAGAGGAGAGAGAGAGAGAGAUAAAGUGUUGUUUUUAGGGGAGAGAGAUAGAGAGAGAAAAGAUUAGGGAGAAGAAUGGAGAGGAAGGUAAUAGUGGUUUGCUCAGUUGUGGGGUUUCUAGGGCUCUUAUGUGCUGUCACAGGUUUUGCUGCCGAGGCCACCAGGAUCAAGGGUUCUCAGGUUCAGUCGGACUCUUCUUCUACGUGCAAUUACCCCAGCAGUCCAGCUUUUGGUCUUGGAUUAACUGCAGCACUGGCUCUUAUGGUUGCUCAAAUUAUCAUCAAUGUCACAACUGGAUGUAUUUGUUGCAGAAGAGGUCCUCACCAAUCAAACUCUAAUUGGACAGUAGCUCUGAUCUGCUUUGUUGUGUCAUGGUUCACAUUUGUCAUAGCAUUCCUUCUGUUACUGACUGGUGCAGCACUGAAUGAUCAACACGGUGAAGAGACUAUGUAUUUUGGCAACUACUAUUGUUAUGUUGUGAAGCCCGGAGUCUUUGCUGGAGCUGCCGUCCUGUCCCUUGCGAGUGUUAUUCUUGGAAUUGCCUAUUAUCUUGCCUUGAAUUCGGUAAAAGACAGCAAUGAUUCAUCAUGGGGUGGACCUCCUCCUAAUCAAAGUGGCAUUGCAAUGGGACAACCACACCCUCCACCAAACGCUCAAGCUUUCCCUCCACCGACUGCUCAAGCGUACCCUCCACCGACUGCUCAAGCGUACCCUCCACCCAACACUCAAACUCCAGUUUUUGUGCAUGAAGAUACAUAUAUGAGGCGGCAAUUUGCUUGAGAUUACUUUUUGGUGAAUUGUGCUUGGUGGUAUAUCAUAUGAAGACAUGAUAUGAAGCUCACAAAGAUAUGUAAAGGGGCUUGUCGAGGGUUAGUAGGGGAAGUUGUUUCCUUGUUGCAGUUGCAUGUGAUUUGUUUGUCAACAUUAGUUAGAUAGUUUGAAAAAGAAAUUGGAAGGGUUUAUGUAGGGUAGUACAUUUGUUAAAACAACAAUAUUUCUGUUAUAUUAUAUAUAUUUAUAUAUGGGUCAUUUGAAUGGAGAUGAACUUAUUGCCCUGUAUGAUUUCUUUAUGGUUGGUUAUUGGCCUGCCAUAUUUGAAGAUAUAUGAAACAAAACUGAACAAGUCUGCGGAUCA